GAGUGUUGUAAUACCACUGUUCCUCUGGAAGUUGACCGGAAGUGACGUCUGCUUCAGUUCAUCGCUUGCCUUGUGUCAGCUGAAUGCUCUGUUGAAAUCUGAGAACAGGGCACCUAAAGAGGACUGAAGAUUGGGACCGACAGGGCAUGUCACCGGCAGACAAACAGAAGGAUUUGCCGUGGCCAGAGGGUCAGUGCUGAAUUUCUACAUCUGUGGCCUUUGUGGAAGCUGAAGAAACUUUUCAACAAUGAGUGGAGCAGCCCUCGGAAUUGAGAUUGUGUUUGUUUUUUUUCUAUCUCUUUUCCUACUUCACCGAUAUGGAGACUUUAAGAAACAGCACAGACUUGUGAUAGUAGCAACUCUGCUAGCCUGGUACCUCUGCUUCCUGAUAGUCUUUAUCAUUCCUCUGGACGUUAGUACUACAAUAUACAAUCGCUGUGUUGCUAGAAAUGCGGUUACUCCUACAACAGUCAACGUGAGCCAGUUUGUGACAACAGCAGCAACAGUUACUAACGGCACCAGGCGUCUUCUAUACAGUGAGCCGAGAAGUGAUGAUAACCCUCCCCAAGAAUGUUCGAAGCCAUGGAGCUACAUCCCUAAGGGGAUUAUGCCAAUCUUCUGGCGGGUUGUCUAUUGGACAUCCCAGUUCCUUACCUGGAUUCUUCUGCCCUUCAUGCAGUCCUAUGCUCGUUCAGGAGGCUUUUCCAUUACAGGAAAAAUCAAAACCGCUCUGAUUGAGAAUGCAAUCUAUUAUGGAACUUACUUGAUCAUUUUUACAGCACUAUUAAUAUAUGUUGCUGUGAAUCCUAAUUUGCAUCUGGAAUGGUACCAACUACAAACUAUUGGGAUAGCUGCAGCAAACACUUGGGGUCUGUUUCUUCUCGUUUUGUUGUUAGGGUAUGGUUUGGUUGAAAUUCCACGUUCUCACUGGAAUGGAGCAAAGAAAGGUUACCUUCUAAUGAAGACCUACUUUAAAGCUGCAAAACUGAUGACUGAAAAAGCAGAUGCCGAGGAGAACUUGGAGGAUGUGAUGGAAGAAGUCCGUAAAGUGAAUGAGUGCAUCAAGUAUAAUCACCCAUUGCGUAAAUGUGUUGAUACAAUUCUAAAGAAGUGUCCUACGGAAUAUCAGGAGAAAAUGGGGAGGAAUAUGGAUGACUAUGAAGACUUUGAAGAAAAGAAUAUUGCCUAUCCCAGUGAGAAGACACUAGUAAAACUACAUAAACAGGUAAUCUAUUCUGUCCAGAGACAUCGUCGUACACAAGUGCAGUGGCGAAUUCUCCUGGAACAAGCAUUUUACCUGGAAGAUGUGGCAAAAAAUGAGACCAGUGCAACAAGGCAGUUUGUUUAUACAUUUCCCCCUCAAGAGACAGAAAACUGGCUAAUUCGACAUGUGUACACCCCUACUGUUGAGUGGUACUGGGAGUGUUUCCUUCACCCGUGGUGCUCUCGAAUCCUGGCAGUUGUUUUGGUCCUGUUCUCUGCUGUGGUUGUGUGGUCAGAGUGCACUUUCUUUAGCACUCAUCCCGUCUUAUCUCUUUUUGCGGUAUUUCUACAGCAAGCGGAAAAAACCUACAACUAUAUUUAUAUUGAGGUGGCUUGCUUCCUUACAAUUUUCUUCUUGAGCAUUUGUGUUUAUUCAACAGUCUUCAGAAUCCGCGUAUUUAACUAUUACUAUUUAGCUUCACAUCACCAGACAGAUGCAUACAGUCUUCUUUUUAGUGGAAUGUUGUUUUGUCGUCUGACUCCUCCAUUAUGUCUUAAUUUUUUGGGAUUGACGCAUAUGGAUGUAUCUAUUUCUCAUCAGAACACAGAGCCAACUGCUUACACGUCGAUUAUGGGAUCUUUAAGAGUCCUUCCUCUAAUUGCUGAUGGCUUUUAUAUAUAUUAUCCCAUGCUGGUUGUUAUCCUCUGCAUUGCAACAUACUUCAGUUUGGGAACUCGCUGUUUGAAUUUACUUGGCUUUCAGCAAUUUAUGGGUGACAAUGACAUGACAUCAGACCUCACCGAUGAAGGAAAAGAAUUGAUUAGAAGAGAGAAAAGAAAAAGGCAGAGACAAGAAGAUGGUGAAACCCGCAGAAGGGAUUGGAAAGAACGAUAUGGAAAUAACAGGGAAGAUACCAGUCGGAACAGAAAUGCUCAUUCUGACCAAAAAGAAUCAAGUUACACAGAAAUGACAACGAACAGAGCAUCAAAGUACUCGAGACCAAACAACAGGACAGAAAGGGAUAGGAUAGAACUUCUGCAAGACGCAGAGCCUCUGGAUUUUAAUGCAGAGACGUUUACAGACGACCCACUUGAGGCUGACUCUGGAAGAUACCAGCCUGCUGGGCGAUAUUUAUCAAUGUCUAAAUCCAACAGCAAAAUAUUUGAUGACGUAUAGUUUGAAGACGCAAGACCACAGAAACAUUCUCCUCAUAUCUGUGGUGGUGAUGAUGAUACAAAACUCCACAGCUGCUGCAUAUUCUGGAUCACAAAAGCAUGGUUAUCACAUAUCGUGUGGAAGAAUAGUCUGUUAUUCUUCUACUGAUAAAGUGGCCUAUGAAUUUUUCAUUUUCACUUGUAAUUUUCAAAUGAAGUUUAAGACUGUACAAAAAAAGCCAUCAAAUAACUAUUAUUGUGGAAAUUACUGGAACAAGAAAAAUUAAGUGUAUUUUUUCCAUGUUGGACUUGAAGCGUACAUAAAUAUUUAAUCAAGCAUGGAAGUAUUACAUUAGCUUCAAAAGCUAUAAAUAAUUUCUAUAAAUUUCUGUUUUUUUCCCCCAGUACAUUCACUGGGGAAACGUAUUGCAUAUUUUAUGUACAGAUAAUUGAAGUAACUGUCGGACUACGUUUUAAUUGUAGGUGAACAAUGCUACAGUUAUUUUGCAUAUCAAGGUAUCGCUGUUUGUUUAUUUUGUUUUUAUUACCUAUUUAUUAUUGGUUUCUCUCAACUAGAACUACUCAAAAUAUGUAUUGUCUUAUUGGUAGAUUAAAAUAUUUGUCCGUCACACUAAUCAACAAGGCAAUGUAACAUCAAAAAUUAAAAUAAAUGAAGAAUAAACUGACAUUUUGACACUAAA